AAUUCGGAUAUUAUACUAGUUCAUUAUCUAUUUUGAACACCAAUACACCAAUGUUGCUAACGUGCUCUAAUCAUCUAAUGCACACGCAAAGUUGGUCAAUUAAUUUAGUUACCUUUCCAUCCGAAAAUCAAAAGUAGUGUAAACGUCAAGUUUGUAACUUUGUAAGAGUGUGUUGUUAGCGAGAGAGAAAUAUGACAUCCCGGCGACGAGCACCUUCGGCUAACGGCGGCGCAAAUCCGGCGAGACGAACCGUAACUAACACUCCUCCGCCACAACAAUCUCCACCCCCAACUUCGCCGGAAGAACUCAACCUCACAAUUUCAUCUUCUAAAUGGGCCAAAAUUCUUUCUCUCUCCUGCUUAUUGUUGCUCCCAUACGCUUACCUUCUGUUGAUCCAUUUCCAAAUCGACGGCGAACUCAAGCGAUCCAUCCUCAUAAAUGCCGCGCUCAGCUUCGCUGGAUUUCUGUUCACCCUAAAAUUGAUUCCCGUCGCUUCUCGUUACGUAAUUCGUCGGAAUUUGUUUGGUUUUGAUAUCAAUAAGAAAGGCACUCCUCAGGGAAGCAUCAAAGUACCCGAAUCUUUGGGAAUAGUUGUCGGGAUUGUCUUUUUGGUUGUGGCGAUUUUGUUUCAACAUUUUAACUUCACUGCCGACUCUCUUUGGUUGGUUGAGUAUAAUGCAGCUUUGGCAUCCAUCUGUUUCAUGAUCUUACUUGGAUUUGUUGACGAUGUCCUCGAUGUUCCAUGGAGAGUGAAAUUGGUCUUGCCUUUUGUUGCUUCUCUUCCUCUGUUGAUGGCUUAUGCUGGUCAUACAACUAUUGUAAUCCCGAAGCCUCUCAUUCAGUAUGUUGGGCAGGAGGUGUUGGAUCUAGGAUGGAUAUAUAAAGUGUAUAUGGUCCUCCUAGCAGUGUUUUGCACCAAUUCUAUCAAUAUUCAUGCUGGCAUAAAUGGUCUUGAAGUUGGGCAGACACUUGUCAUUGCAUCUGCGAUUCUGAUACAUAAUGUCCUGAAAAUUGGGGCAUCCAUGGAAAAUUCCGAGAACCAGCAGGCUCAUGCAUUCUCUAUAUAUCUUGUUCAACCCUUGUUUGCCACUUCUUUGGCUUUACUCUCUUACAAUUGGUUUCCGUCUUCAGUUUUUGUCGGGGAUACGUAUACAUACUUUGCAGGAAUGACAAUGGCUGUUGUUGGCAUUCUGGGUCACUACAGUGAAGCACUAUUGAUUUUCUUUGGUCCUCAAAUCUUUAAUUUCCUCUUGUCACUUCCCCAGCUUGCUAAAAUUUUUCCUUGUCCUCGGCAUCGUCUCCCAAGAUUUGACCCUCAAACAGGAUUGCUAACGGGGACAAGGGAUGGGACACUUGUAAAUGUUUCUUUGAGGCUGUUCGGAAGGAUGUCUGAACAAUCGCUCUGCAUUUUUCUCCUUUUUCUCCAGGCUGCUUCUUGCGGUUUUUGUUUCUUGCUGCAGUGGCUCCUUGCUGGUUGGUACAAAUAAGAGAUCUCGACUCUAGAAAAAAACAAUUACUUCGUAUGAGAUUAUUAGCAACAGCUUUAUUGGACAAAGAGGUUGGUGCACUUGUGUAACUCGCACUUGAAGAAACCUGACCAGAGAAACCUGAGUGUAGGAUGACAGGCUGACAGUGAUAAGUCAGAGAUAUUCAUGCGGCGUUCAUGCUGAAUCUGUAACAUAAACUACAUUAGGUUCAAGUUCAAUAGAUCAAGUAAAGAUUUUUUGAAGUGGAUAUUUCCAUUUUUUGACAGAGGGAAAAUGUGUUUUAAAAGACUUAUUGCUCAUUGCUCGGAAAUAUAUUAUCUCAGUUUUUAUUUUUUA